UGCCUCGCUGUGCCCCAGAGUCACAGGUGUCCUGUCCAGCAUGGCCAAGCGCCCGCUGCUGCUGCUGCUGCUAACUGUGUGGGUGCUGGCUGGGGAGCUGUGGCUGACGUCUGAGGCCCGAGCAUCGCCAUACGGGGUGAAGCUCUGCGGCAGGGAAUUCAUCCGGGCAGUCAUCUUCACCUGCGGGGGCUCCCGGUGGAGACGGUUGGACAUCCUGGCCUCUGAAGCUACAGAUGCAGACUCGGACACAGACAGUGAGGGGGAUGAGGCAGUAGCCUCCAGCGAGUGGUUGGCCCGGACCAAGAACCCCCUGGCUUUCUAUGGGAGCGAACCCGGCUGGCAGGGAGCUCCGGGGGCUCUGCGCGGUGGCCGCGAUGUCGUGGCAGGUCUCUCCAGCAGCUGCUGCAAGUGGGGGUGCAGUAAGAGUGACAUCAGCAGCCUCUGCUAGACCAGAGACCGGGCGGCCAGGGGCCCUGGGUCCAGCAGGGCACCCACCUCUGGCCUCUCAUGCAUUCAUUCAUCAGCAAGUCAGGUCAGGUGCUUGCACUUGGACACAGUCACCCCUAAAUGACCCUGACCUUUGACCAGCCUAUCCUGACCCUGAGCAAACUGCACCUACCUGGCCAAAUGGGAACCUCUGACCCUGACCCCUGACCUCUCCCCAGGCCAUAUCACCUCUUUGCCUAGCCUGCACUGUUCUCUGCUGCUGUGGUGCCCCGACUCUACCCCAACCGAUCUACCCCCAUCCAGACCUUUGCCCACACUGAUUCUCUUGCCCCAACUGUGGCCACCGUCUCCUGACCAGAGCAAAUUAUGCUCCUGCUCCAGAUCCCAGGCGAUGCCCACUCCUUUCACCCUGCCUUCCUACCCCUCCCCGUCCACCUGCUGGAGACCCUAGAGCUGGUGGUGGGAGCCCUGGGUUCCUUCACAUCCUGGGGUGGGAGUCUGGGUGGGAGGACGGAU